AGACGGUUUCAGCCGCCCGGGCUGCACUCUGGUGGGAGCCAUCAUGGAGAGAGCUGUGGUGCAAAUCACCCUCUUUGGGCUGCUGCUGGCUUUGGUUACCACACUGCCAAACAAGGAUGACUGGGACAUCUACAGCUUUCACAUCAACUCCACAGUGACCGCUCGUUAUUCUACUACUGUCAUCACAAGUCGUGUGGUCAAUCGUAUGGAAGAAUCAAAGGAAAUCGAAUUCCUUGUCCGGAUUCCCAAGAACGCCUUCAUUAGUAAAUUCAGAAUGUUUAUAGAUGGACAGGUGUAUGAUGGCAUUGUGAAAGCUAAGGAGCAAGCUCAGCAGCAGUACACCGAGGCUGUGUCCCGUGGCCAAAGUGCUGGGCUUGUCAGUUCUGUGGGGAGGACCCUGGAGGAAUUUAAGACCUCCGUGACUGUCGCUGCUCACAAGAAGGUGACUUUUGAACUCACAUAUGAGGAACUACUGAAACGCAGGCUUGGCAAAUACGAGCUGCAAAUCCACGCUCGCCCCAUGCAACCAGUCAAAGACUUCAAGGUUGAUGUGUACAUUCACGACAAAGCUGGCAUCAGUUUCAUUGAGGUUAAAGGAGGACUAAGCACCAAAGCUCUGGCUAAUGCCAUCACCAAAACACAUAUAGACAAACAGGCGUGGGUGCAUUUCUACCCCACAGAGGACCAACAGAAAACGUGCGACAGCUGUGGAAAGCAGGGUAUGAAUGGAGAUCUGGUUAUUGUUUAUGAUGUCAACAGGGAUGCCUCACUGGGAGACAUCAAGACAUCAGAUGGCUACUUUGUUCAUCACUUUGCUCCAUCUAGUCUUCCCCGCAUACCGAAGAAUGUUGUCUUCGUUAUUGAUCAAAGUGGCUCCAUGCAUGGCAGAAAAAUACAACAGACCAGAAUAGCAUUGAUCCAUAUCUUGAAUGACCUGGCAGAGGAUGACUACUUUGGCCUCAUCACUUUUGAUGGCUCAGUUUCUCACUGGAGACGAGAACUUGUUCAGGCCAGCAAGAAAAACCUGAAUAGUGCCAAGAAAUUUGCACAGGGUAUUACAGAUAGAGGAGCCACAGACAUUAACGAAGCAGUGUUGGAAGGAGCGAGGAUGCUGAAUGCGCAUCCCAGAGAAGGCUCAGCGUCGAUCCUCAUACUUCUCACUGAUGGAGACCCAACCUCAGGGGUGACGAAUCUUGAAACAAUACAGUCAAAUGUCAGAAAGGCAAUUGCAGAAAAAUUCCCGCUCUACUGUCUUGGUUUUGGCUUUGAUGUCAAUUUUGACUUCCUGAAGACAAUGUCACUGCAGAACAACGGUGUGGCACGACGGAUUUAUGAGGACUCUGAUGCUGAUUUACAGCUGAAGGGUUUCUAUAAAGAGGUGGCCACUCCUUUGUUGACGGACGUGACAAUGAUCUAUAUGGGUGGGACCAAUCUAACCCAGACUAAUUUCAGCCAGUAUUACAACGGCUCUGAGAUCGUGGUGGCCGGUCAGAUCACUGACAAUGACAUCGAAACCUUCACCCCACAAGUUCUGGCCAUUUCAGGGACUAGAAAGGUGACAUUUUCUGAGUCAAACCUCACUGUGGAGUCCACUGAAACAGUAUCUGACGGCCUCAUCCAGAGGGUUUGGGCCUACCUCACAGUGAAACAGCUUCUGGAGAAAGAGCUGAAGUUAUCUGAACCUGAGAAGGAGCAGGUGAGGAAAGAGGCCUUGGAGCUGUCGCUGAAGUACGGCUUUGUGACCCCGCUCACAUCCAUGGUGGUCACCAAGCCUCCGGGGGAGAACACAGACGUGCUUCAUAAACCCAAGGAAGGGGAACCGCUGCAAACGAGAUAUGUUCAAGGGCGUGGUCAAGCCCCUCCAGGAAUGUUCCAGUUGGGGGCAGCUUCAGGGAUGAGUGAGCAACUACAAUGGGACCAAAAUCUGAGAAUUGCUUAUGAUUCUGGCUUACCUCCAGUUUUCAGUAAAAGGAGAAGCGGGCGCCCUCUUCAUGGCCUCACUGCACACAGCCAUAUAAAACAACUUGCAGAAAAUGAUCAUCUAGUGGCCUUUCAAGACGCUUUGGAUUUUGAUGUAGCGGAUUAUUCAUAUAUAUUGCCCACCAUUGUGGCACCGGCAGCAGCCACUGAUCCUAUCUUCCUGGAUCCUCCUUUAUUCUCUGUGCCUAUAGAUGUUCCUCUAUCCCACAGGUUUUUACUAAAAACUGAGAAUCAGUCUCUUCCACUAUGCUUUGAUGUCACUGGAAAUAUCCGCCUAAAGCUACUUCACUAUCCCAACAGGGAGCUGUCUGUGAACGGUGAGCUUGACUCAGUAGCAAAUGGAGGCUUCACAAAAAUCGUCAUCCACUUCAAAGCUGACCAGUAUGUUGAGGUUUACACCAAUGAAGUGACUAUACAAGAUGGACAGACACUGACGCACCACACUGGAGAGGAUCUCAUCACAGUUGGAAGCGUGACAGUGAUUAAGAGGAACAAGGAAGUAGAUGUGGCAGCCGGAGACAUCCGCAUUGUUAUCUUAGUUCAUGAGAAGGACGGUGAAAAAUUCCUGUGGCCGGUUUUAAGACAGAAGCCAUCUGACAACAACAUUGAAGGAAUUUUAGUUCUAAAGCCAGCAGUUUAUGAGGAGGUGCAGCAAACUCCCUUAUCAAAACUCAAGAUCAAAGACCAGGAGAUUGACGUCACCAGAUCCAGCACUGUUGACUACAGUAUUGUCUCUCCCACAACACUGGACUGCUGGCUCAUGUCUGCUGAGUCUGCCCUGCAGAGAGCCCUGGAUGAUUUCAUCGUUGCACAGCUUUAACUGGGAACCACAUUGAAUCACUUGAAAAGAUUUAAUUCCGAAUAAAAAUAAGACAAAUCCUAAUUCAUCAUGGGAAAAGACUUUCAAGCUGUUACUAAUAUAAACAAAUAAAAAGCAUCCCAGAU